AGUAGUUUUAUGCUGUUGUAAUAUUGUGUUGAACACAUAAUUGUUGUUAAUUUUGUCGUUGGUACUGUAUAGAACACGCAAAUAUGGAUUGUCACGCAAAUUCCUCGCAUUCCAAAGUUACACGGGGAAUAAAGUUUCAGGAAGCGGAAUGGCCGAGGUACUCAACGCCUGAAUGAAGAUGUUGAAUAAUAAUGACCCUGAUCGGUAAAGCAUUUGCGCCAAGGACAUUAUGGCUCACCACGAAUUUCUUCCCUUAUGUGACGUUCUAUUUAACAUAAUAUCUUUAGCGUCCUAUUUCUGUGAUGUUGUGUUUGAUGUUGUUAUGGGUUAUGCUUUGUUUGAACGUGGUCGACACGUAUGGUUUGCUGUUUCAUUGACUUUUGUUGCUACGUCUCUUGUGAUUAGUCAAGUCAUAUCUUUAAAAUGGUAUAUAUGUGCGUGUGAAUCCCGGAGAAAAGUGAAAGAAAAGUCUAAGAAUGAAGAUGCUGCGACGGCACCGACGUCAAAUAACCGAGAACGUUGCUUUCAAUGGCUUGUGGGUCUGUUACAUGUCAUCCAGUGCGGAGUUUUGUGGCGCUAUUUUAAGUUAUUCAUACCAGUUGAUCUUCGUUAUGUGAAGCACGAAGUGAGAGACUUGUGUAUGCUAAGAUUAUUUCAUGCUUUUUGUGAGGCAGCUCCAAUGUUACUAGUCCAGCUUUAUCUUUUGUGGCAAGAGACUUCACCGAAGAAUUUUAGUGACUUAAAUAUAGUGUCCACAGUGUUGUCUCUUUUUAGUGUUUGUUGGGCUUUGGCCUCGUUUAGCAAAAACGUUAGACUUCAAAAUGUGCAUCGAUUAGUUUUAACAUGGCUAGGCGUGAUAUUUCAAUUUAUGUGGCGUUUAGGAACAGUCUCAUCACGUGUAACAGCAUUGACUGUGUAUGCUACAUUGUAUGGACACUGGGUGUUUCUGGUGAUUGGGCUGCACUGGAUAUCAAUGUUUCUGUGGCUCAUUUCCCCAAAGAACGUCUUUCAUGGUGAAAGGAUAUCAAGACGGAGGAAGGCUGCCUUCUCAGCUCUCAUAGCAUUUGUAUAUGUUUUCUCAUAUAUAAAUUUGCAGGAAGUUAAUCCUCGGCAGAAAAUGGCAACAUUUUAUGUAGUCAUGUUUCUGGAAAAUGCCCUGUUGGUUACUGCCUGGCUUGUUGGCGUGUGGAGUGAAGCACCCUGGUAUCGAAACACUGUGCCGAUAGUUGUGUUCGUUUCAUUUGCAACUGGAAUUUGCUUCAUGAUUCUCUACUACCGGUUACGUUAUGAAGCAGGUGGAAGACCAAAUACUUAUAACAACAAUUGUGAUUCCACACAGAGAUUAGCUAAUGUAAAUAAUGUAAACUGUGGUGAAGUGGUGGUCCAUGGCAAAGAUGAACAAACUGCAGUGGCUAAAGAAGUGCACUGUAGUGGGAAGGCAGUCAAUAACUGCCAGCAGCGGUGCACCAAUGGUUACCUGCCCUACCAGCAUGGAGGCAUACCUGGCGUGUUCAACUGUCGCUUCAACAAUCCAGUUACUUCAACAGCUGCAACUAAAAGGAAAAAGAAGAAGCCAACAUCAUUUGUCCCUCCUCCUGCUGUUACUGCACUACCUUCUGUUGGUGUACCCAGUCUGUCCAUUCAACAACAACAAAACUGCUUGCAGGAACCCUACAGCAGCAAUAUGUCACUACAGCUACAGAACUCUGUUCCAUUUUGGAGGAGGCCUUUGCCAAACAACCAACACAAUCAUCAGGUAAAUGGUGGCUCAAGUGAAAAUGAAGCAAGCAGUGUUGGCUCAAGGGUGAACAUACAGCAGAAACUGCAGGAAAAGAAACAGAAGCAGUUAGCAGAGCUUCGGAUAAUUGAGGAAGAAAUAAAGCAGGGUAAAAUACAGAGACCAGGGUCAGGUGCACCGUCAGGUGUCGGCGAUGACUUUGGCUCACUGCCUCGGCAGCCGAUACCGAGAGCUAAGCGACACAACCAGGGUGGUUGGCCACCACCGACACCUCCGAGUUCCAGAGCUCUGCCACCGCCAUACUCUUACCAUUUACUCCCACCCCCACGUGCGAAGCAUCGUUCCAAAACACCUGAGAUUCUCCUGGCGCCUCAUUACCUCGAGGGCAACAGCAUCUACUGCAGCUGGGAGCACGAACGAGGCCCUGUAUAUCGGUUGUCAGAUGAUGACCACAUGGACAGGGAGUGCAGCAGCGACCACGGAUCGAGCUACUCGGAGGCGGCGGCCCGGGGAGCGAAGGAUGCCGGCUGCGACAGUGGGAGUGCAGGUGCCCAGCAGGCCAUGCUCAUGUACAAGUCAUACCGCAUCCCGUCCGACAUGGACUCGCAGAUCUCGUUACCCCGCUCGUACACACUGCCCCGCGAGUUCAAAUACUACCGUCGGCCCAAAUCUCGCAAGGCCGUACGCUCAGAGCACUUUGUCGCGUCCACAAAUUCUAGCGACGGGGAUGUUGAUUCAGGAGAUGAAACUCCACAUCACAACCACGAACCGCCUCAGCAUCAUUCGAGACCUGUGAGAAUGCGGCCGUAUCGGGGUUAUGUAAGAAGAGAUCUGCAUGAAACAAAACUGUGAUUAGUAUUUUUUAUGUUACUACACUGUAAAUUGUAUUAAUCCUUAUUUAUUUUGUUACUAGCUAACAGUAUGAUUCUCAUUACAUGCUGUGUUACGUGUUAGCAAAUCUCAUAGUUAUUACUCAGUCUAAAUCAGAAGCUCCACUUUCUUACAAUUUCCUCAAAGGAAAAAAUUUAAACAGAGGAUAUUACAGUCAUUAUGCAAUAACUGUGUAGGAAGUUUAUGCAGAAAAAUUGGAAGAAGUAACAAUAGAAUCUGUUAUGCCCACUGUUGAAAAAAAGUUAGUUAUUAGUCUUUUAGACAAAAUCACAGAAUAUUUUUUAUUCUGUGACCGUGUCUGAAAGAAAUAAAAAGUAGUACAUAAUGCAUGUCAAUCAUUUUCUCCAUAGACAGAUUGUAAUUUUUCCCAGAGUUAUUAAUCCUUUUCUUACAACCAUGAAAAUAUUCCAUUGUUGAAAUAAUACUGAGCGGAAACUAAACAACAUUAUGAGGAAAGAGAAGAACUCCCUCUGUAGAAUCAUCAGAUAGGCAUAGGAACAAUGUCUCGAACUUGUGUACUUUGUCAGGGUACCCACACACAGCCUACAUGUGUGCGGCUAUUGCCAUAGUGUGGUGAGUAGUUGUCUUUCCUUGUACAAUUCAAAUAUCCCACUGAAUUGGAAUCAGAUGAGGGUACUAGAAUUAUAUGAUGUUGCAGAAGAAUUUUAGUUUUGCAUUUAUUAUGGUACAUAAGGAAAUAGCUCAUCUGUAAUGCAGGGAAAUAGAGGUAUCAUAUGUGCAACCAAAGUUUUUUCAAUUAAGUGUCAUUUUUCUCUCAAGAUAUCGCACAUAAGAAUCCCAAAUGAGCUUGUGUGUGGUGUAUAAUUUCUAUACUAAUAUGUUCCUACUUAUCUGUCAGGAAUGCCUAAUCAGUUUUAUUUUAUAACAAACAAGAAAUCACAAUGCAACAGAAAAUAAUAUUGAUUCAAAAUAUUUUAUUGAAUUCCUUAUCUGUAAGACUUUUCUCUUUCUGCAUUUCCUUUCCAUUUUUGCUGCCGUUUGGGAACUUGAUGUCAGUGAUUCAACACAUUGUGAUCUCUGUUCUUAAUCGUAUAACAAAUCAGCUCAGAUUUACAUUUUGAGGCAGUUCGUUAAAAAAUGGCAAAAACACUCAGUCUGAUUUAAGUUCUUUCUAUAAUUGGCAAAGAUAUUGUACUUUUCCCCCAUGUUCAGUGGUUCUUUUGGGAGUCUGGCUAACAGAAUUUUAGUGCUCCAUCCUCUUUUUAUGGUGAUUGAGAUACUGAUUAACACUGAACAAAUCAUUUUGACUGAUUUUACAGGCCACAUUCUAUCAAUUAGCUGAGUUAGUAGGGUAUUGUCUGUAAAAGCAAGGAUCUGGGUUGGUGUCAAGCUACAAAAGAUGAAUUUUAAUCUGUCAAGGAGACUGAAUGUAGUGGAAAAUUAAUUACUCAGUAUGUAACUUUAUAAAUUUUAUCCCAACAAAUAUUGUAAAUUGUUUCCCAAAAAGAACACCACUUUUGGAUCAAACAACAAUGUAAUAAUUUAUUUAAAGAAUUAUGUUAUUUAUGUCUCAUUGUAAAGUGCAUGCUAUAUGAUAAACUAUAAAAUAUAGUAUUACUCAUAUGUUUAACACAGCUCUCAUCCUAAGCUCAAGAAUUUUUUGUGAUUUGUUGAUAUGUAUAUAACAGCUUUGAAAUUCAUGUGGAUAGAUAUCACAUGGUGACAAAUCACAGUAUCUUAGUUGCUUAUUCACACCCCUGUUGUGAGGAAUCAGCAGUCCGAGAAAGGAAUCCAUUCUCCCAAUAAAUUUGCUUUUUUCCUCGCUGGAUGCCUAAUAGAACCAACCUGAUGAACGAAGUAUGCUUAACACUCACACUGUGUAAUGAAGUCAUUAUAGCUGUGUUAAUACAUUGUUGUAACAUUCUGUUUACUGUUAAAUAUUCAAAGAAGUACAGCAAUAUCUCCAUUGCCCCAAAAGUCUCAGCAGCGACCCAUGAAAGCAACUGUUUGUGGGUGUUAACAAGCCUGCUUAAAAGAAAAUGCACCUCACCACUAAAGCUGAUUUUACUGGAGAAAUUGUUGUCCAAUCUCUGUUUCUCAAGUAUCCUGUUGAGAGUUCUCAGAACUUAGGUAGUGACUUUGCUUAGUUCUUGAGCCACUUGUUCAGUAGCCUAAUAGUUACGCAUCAUCUUACAGAAUCCAGAACAUGGUGCUGCUCCUCUGAAUGUUCUCUUGUUGAGAACACCUUGAAAUCUAAUCCCACAGAUUCUGUGAAGCAGCUUCCCUCACAUUGCUGUUGUUGCCAAAACAGCAGUAUGAUUACAACCAGACAAUUUAAUCUACAUUCUCUCUUUGGUACCGAAACUCCCCAUAUUUGUUUUGCCUUUUCUGAAUAAUAACAUACUGUUCCAUUGAAUACUCUUUUAUAAGGUCAACUAACGAGUUAUAAUAAACAGUGCCACCAACCAGACAAAGUAAAAUUGGUAGAAUAUUCAAAAUUUGUGUACUUUUAGGUACUCUGUAUGUUCCUUUUUCAUGUAGGAUAAUUUGACUUCUGCAAAUGAAAAUGAUGCAAGUUUGUAUUAUGUGUGACAGAUUUCCAGUUUUUUCUGUGAAAGCUUCUUCAGCAAUUCUGAGCCUGAGUGAUUUAUUUAAAAAGUGCCAUAUUUUUCUAAUUUUAUUAGCACAAACAUCCUCAUUAUCCUUUAUUAAUCACUGUUUGGGAUCCAUAAACUGAAAAAUAGCAAACAGAAUGUGGUAGAAUACUACUCACCACAUUGUUUUGCUGUCAUUUUAUGUAUCUACAUGAAAGUUUCUAACUGCUAGUUUCAUGGUAACUGUUAAUCACACUCAGAUGGUUCAGUUCUCAUGGUGCUUUACGUAUUUUGUUCUAUUUGUAUCUUUAAAUUGCUGUGUGUUCUUGUUAAUAUGCUUUUAUAAAUACAUUCUUGCAUUGUGUGUUUGACAUUGUUAAGAGAGUUGUUAAAAGGCAGCUUAAAGAAUAAUGCCUUCCACAUAUCAUUGUUUCAGUAUUGUUACCUUCCAUUCUGGAUUUUACAUAUCAUUGUUUUAUAGCUAAAAAUUUGUUGCAGACUAUUCAUAAUCUUCCUCACAGGAUAUUGAUCAGCCUAUAAAAUUGAGGCAUUUGCAAGGUAUUAGCUAUUAUUGGCUUGGUUAAUGUUUUCCAUUAUUGCUUUCUGCUGCAGAGAGAUUUUCCCCUCACAGGAUUAAGCCAUAUCACUCAAAAUUUAAGUUAUCAGCAAGAUUCUGCAUGUGUUCCAUUUUCUUUGGGGCUAGUGCAUCUACUCUUGAGGUGUGCUCAUUUCAAUAUAAUAGAUUUUAUUUGCUGCAGUGUGUGCUAUUAGCAGAAAACAGAACUGUUUUCGAACCAGUUUUGUUUGCAAUUUGUAUGACAUAUAUUUUUAAAAUGAAUUACCUGUGGUAGCUUGUAUAUAUUGAUUUUUAUUAUUCUUCAUCCAACUGUCAUCUUAAAUUCUUACA